AGUUGUGCAGUGUAAUGGCGUGCUAUCAGCCAUGAUAACAUGUACAAUGAAGCUGCUGCUGCUGCUGCUGCUGCAGGGUCCAGCUGUCAUGCAGACCACCCCGUACAAUUAGAGGACAAUCUACUUAAAAGAAGAAUCAACCGAUCAACGCCUGCUUGGAACUAAUUGAAUGGAUAGGGAGGGAGAAAUAUUUAUCAACUAAGCUUGAGAAUGAAUACAACCGCGGAUUCGAUAGGUGAACUACUCACACACGCCAUAGACUUUGCCAAUGUCAAGAGCUACUCUGUAGAUAGUAUUUACCGGCCAAUCGCAGAGGAGGCUGUUGCCUACGGUAACCGCCUGAACGUGGAUGUGGUGAAAUGUGGCAGCCAUGCUGAGCGGCUAUAUCUCCCGUAUUUCAGUAGACCGGAAGCUGAUUCGCAAUGGGCGACUGACGUUAGUACAGACAUUGACAUGAUGUUUGUAUUUGAUAACUAUAAUAUUGUUUCAGACGUCCAGAACUCAGUUCAAGAAACACAACCAGACAUGAAUCUCUAUCAAUUAGUAGAAGCCAGUCAUCCGGGGUAUUACUAUAUGCUACCCCCCACAGUUGUUUCACUCGCGGACACCGGGACCCUCAAAAUGUCUCUAAUACAGAAUACUGGAUUAUCAAGCGAAACAUUAAAGAUGCAACUGGAAAAGUCAAUAACGCAAAGCAAGAAAGGUCAAAUCAAUCUCAUAUUCAUGGAAACACCGACUUUCAACGGUCCCUCUGUUACAUUUCAGUCUCGUGCAAACAGUGGUGUUAUGGUUUCAAUUGACUGUGUCUUCGGUGUCAAAUGUUUCUCUUGGCCAAAGCGUUUGGACAACUUCUUCACACGGGUAAUGAAUCGCGAGUGGCCAGGCACCACCCUAGUUAGAGAUAUCCGGGAACAAGGAUGUCACCUGGUUGCAAUUGGGUCACAUAGUAGCUGUUUACGACCCUAUGAAUGGAGGUUAUCUUCAACAAAGGCUGAAAAAAUGUUAGCAUUGUCUUUAUCUGAAAACCAACGCCUUGCAUAUCAGAUCGCAAAGUCGCUGAUCAAAUCGAACGAGAAAACAAAAUGUAUUUCGUCGUACUAUGUUAAAACGACUUUUUUCUGGCUUUGUGAAGAACGUCAAAUUAGCACAUGGACGGAAUCAUCCAAUCUGGAGAAUAUCCGAAGCCUUUUGGAAAAAUUACUUCAAUUCCUGACCACCAAAACUGUUCCUAACUAUUUCAUUGCAGAAAACAAUCUUGUCGAUCACUUUGAAGACGAGACGUUUGCGCGGGCCAUCGAGGGCCUUGUUGAGUUGAGAAAUACCUUAAUACCAAGACUUGCCCAAUUUUUGCAACACGUGGCCGUUAUGCCUAUGGAGUUCCAGAAACCCCCAAUAGAAAUGAUAACAUCAGGCCGUUCGGACGAGUUAUUAGAAUACCUGUGUGUUAACUUUUGUUUUGCAAGCAUAGUUCACACAAUUUUAUCCCAGAUAGAAAACAAAACGCAUGUAAACUAUCUGUACUUGGCUGAAGAUAUACUCAGACAUUUGACUAGUUCAUCAAAAAUAGACCAGAUCGACCCAGCUGUGAAAUAUGAGACAACUGACCAUCCACUAGGUCAGGACCAGAGCAUGUUUAAGAAGGAGGGCUGGUCUCUUUCACGGGCAGGCCUUCAUUCCGCAUGCAGCCUGCUCGAAAACAUACUUCAGUACUUUCAGAGAAAGGACUCCCACAUGGAAAUGAUUUGGAGAAUUUGUACAGAACUGGCAAAUAUUGCAGCUUGUCUCAUGCACGGUUAUUGUCAACCAGACAAUGCAGGGACACCAGUCGUGAAUGACUGCAUGUAUUUGUUAGAUAGAAGUGCCUUUCUUCAUCACGAGUAUGCCCUCGCGUAUAUACAAGCGUAUUGGAAGCGAUAUCCUAAGUACCGUAUAGAGCCAACAAAAAAUCCAAACAAGCUAUCGUUUUACUUUCUGGAAAUGUGGAUAAUGAUACUUAUCAAAUAUCAACGUGAAAGUGACUAUCAGUUUGGGAUGAUAGGUCGUGGUAACAAGGACAACAUGCGACUUCCGAUCUGUGUUCGACGACUUGUCGAGUUCAUGAUUUUCUAUGACUGCGACAAAACAUGGGCUCUUCUACAGAUCGAUUCGUCCUUGUUUGGUGGAAAACCAAUCGCGAAUUCAUUGAGGACAAAACGUGUUCAACAUUCUUCUGCACUCCUCAAACUUGAAGGGGUUAUCAAUUUGACCAAACUGAAACUCCGCGCGAAAGCUUAUAAGACAGACACAGAGAAGUACCAGUUACAUUCGGAUCUAGGCAAACUAUAUCAUGUAAUAGGGAAACUGGAAAACUCGUCGGAAGAACAUGCCAAAAUACACAGACAGUCUCUAGAAUAUUUCAAAGAUGCCAUCAGUUCCUGUCAAUCGGAUGUAUCACUGAAAGUGGAUUAUGCAGCAUUUUUGUUUGAGGUCAACCAUUUCCAUGAAAGUCUUUAUCAUAUUCGGGAUUCCUUCCUAUCGACAGAAGGAGAGUCCUCCUUGAACAUUUACGAUACCAACACAUAUCUUUUCCUUCCUGAUCGGUUACAAGAAAUCGUCGGCAACGCAUUUCCGGUUGUAAUACCGUCACUUCUGCUAGCGUGCUAUUACGUUCUUAGAAUUUACAAAUCAGUCAAGAUAUCACGGGAUCAGUCAUUAUUCGAACGUAUACUGGAAUGUUUGAAGGAGGCCAUUUCCUCCAGUAACGACGAUACCCGGAGGUUAGGACUAUACAUAGUCUCUGACUUUCUUUCUCGAUGAACGCUACGUCUGACUAAACAGUUCUGUGUGCGAACUUUGUUACGAAUUAGACUUUCAGAAUGGCAUUGUUCUGUUUAAGUUCAACUAUAAUUUCAUAGAAAGAUGUGUAUACAGCGACACAUCAGAUCACCGAAAUGCUUUACCUAGCUUUGUUCUGUUAAUUGGACGUUUUAUAUUUUUUUGACUAUUGUUACGAAAGUGCUAUAAUCUGAAAAAUAAAAUAAAAUAAAAUAAAAUCAACUGAAAUUAAAGGUCAUCAUCGUCAAUGAAAUAAAAUAUAGAGAAAAUA